AAUAUUUAUAUAUAACUUUUUAGAGCAGUGGUCCCCACAUCCUCUUUUCCCUUCCAUAAAAUGGUUCGCCGUCAUCACACCUUAACCAAUUAAAAUUUAAAAAGACGAAAAUGGUCAUCUGAAGAUGGGUGCGUAGGAUUAAAGAGUUUGUAGUGUGACACUGGGUUUAGGCGGCACACGAUAGCAUCGUCCAACAAAAAACUCCACCAUCGUCGUUCUCCUCGGUGAUGCUUGCUGUACUCUGCUCUCGCUCCAAGCCUAGGAUCCUCAGCGCUUUCCUCUCCUCUUUCUCUCACGGCUCAGCAGUUCAUCAUCAUCUUCAUCAUCAAUCCUACAACAAUUACCACUACGCUCGCUUCGUUCAUGGUCCGGGCACCGUCUCCGGUCCCGGUCCGGUUCAAUUCUCUGACUUAGUGGUUGGUCACGCCGGCCAUGACCACCGGCGUCGCCACCACUCCAGUGCUUGCCAGCUCGGCGCGUCUUGUGGUGGAGCUGCUUCUAUCUGGCACGCCAUCUUGCCGUCUUCCGGUGGUCGAAGGUUCGAUCGACGCCGUCCCGCGAUUCAUUUCGACCUGAGAGGCGAGGGCUCGUGGAACGCUGCUCUUGACGCGCGGCCUGCGCGCUGGCUCCACCGUGCCGACUCGGCUUGGCUUCUCUUCGGCGUCUGCGCUUGCCUCGCUCCAGUCGUCGAUUGCUGCGCCGACGCGAGCGCCGAAGCGCCAGUUUCGGAGCAGAAGCUUGUCGUUUCUGAUGAGAACAUCGAUAGCUCCGCCGAUUACAGGAUUACAGGGGUUCUUGCUGAUGGUCGGUGCUUGUUUAGAGCCAUAGCUCAUGUGGCCUGCUUAAGGAAUGGAGAAGAAGCUCCUGACGAAAUUCGUCAAAGAGAACUUGCUGAUGAUUUAAGAGCUCAAGUUGUGAAUGAGCUUUUAAAGAGGCGAGAGGAGUCAGAAUGGUUCAUUGAAGGGGAUUUUGAUGCUUAUGUGAAAAAUAUUCAACAACCUUAUGUAUGGGGUGGAGAGCCUGAAUUGCUCAUGGCAUCUCAUGUUUUAAAGACACCCAUAUCAGUUUUCAUGGUAGAUAGAAGCAACGGCAGAUUGGUUAACAUAGCCAAGUACGGCGAAGAAUAUGGUAAGAACGAAGAAAAUCCCAUCAAUGUCCUGUUUCAUGGCUAUGGCCACUAUGAUAUCUUGGAGGCUCCAUUGGGCAAAAGCAGUCAAAAACAAAGCAUGGUACAAGUUUGAUAUGGUUUUUAGAAUAUACUAUUGCAGUUUUCCAUAAUAAAUUAAUCUCGUAAUGAGAGAGUUUCACCAGUAGCAAAAGAUGUCAAGUUCAAUAGCAUUGGCUUGUUCAAAUUUUUGUAGGUUUCUUGUUUUUUCUUCAAAGAAUUCAGUAUACAGUAGAAGGAGAUGCUUUAUAACUUAA